UCUCACAGCCAUGAUGGAGGAAUUGCACAGCUUGGAUCCUCGCAGGCAGGAGCUGCUGGAGGCCCGUUUUACAGGAGUCGGAGUUGCCAAGGGUUCUGGACACAACGAGUCAUCUAACCAGAGCUUAUGUAGCGUGGGCUCCCUCAGUGACAAAGAGCUGGAGACCCCAGAGAAGAAAUCUAAUGACCAGAGAACACGUAAAAGGAAAGGAGACCCUUUUGACAACCAGGGCAAAGGAGGAGGGAGAGGACACAAAAUUAGUGAUUAUUUUGAGUUUGCAGGGGGUAGUGGUAGUGGUACCAGUCCAGCGCGUGGCAUUCCUCCAGUGGCACGGUCCUCUCCACAGCACUCUCUCUCAAACCCUCCUGCUGCCGUGCAGCAAGGAAGCCCCUCCUCCAUCGGCUCAGUAAACACAGACCACUCCCACUCCUCCUGUUCCCACAAGCCAGCUUCUACACACACUCAGCACCGAGCCACACAGUCGGAGUUGACAAUGGAGAAGUUAGCGGCGCUGGAGAGCAGUAAGAGCUCGGAUCUGGAGAAGAAAGAGGGACGUAUUGACGAUUUGCUUAGGGUAAACUGUGACCUGCGCAGACAGAUCGAUGAGCAGCAGAAGAUGUUGGAACGAUGUAAAGAACGACUCAAUAAAUGUGUUACCAUGAGUAAGAAACUUCUUAUUGAAAAGUCCAAGCAGGAGAAGAUUGCAUGCAGAGAAAAGAGCAUGCAGGACCGGCUACGUCUGGGCCAUUUCACCACUGUACGGCAUGGAGCCUCAUUUACCGAGCAGUGGACAGAUGGCUACGCUUUUCAGAAUCUAGUAAAACAACAGGAGAAAGUCAAUGGGCAGAGAGAGGACAUAGAAAGGCAGAGGAAACUGCUGAUGAAGAAAAAACCACCCAAUGCCAGUCAGACUCCUCCUCCCAACCUAGAACCCAACAAACGCAAGAGCAAGAGCAAUGGCGCCGAGAACGAGAUGUUAUCUUUAGCAGAAUACCAUGAGCAAGAAGAAAUUUUCAAACUGAGACUUGGACACCUGAAGAAGGAGGAAGCAGAGAUUCAAGUAGAGCUGGAACGGUUGGAGCGUGUGCGUAAUCUUCACAUCCGAGAGCUCAAAAGAAUCCACAAUGAAGAUAACUCCCAGUUUAAAGAUCAUCCCACGCUAAAUGACCGUUACCUGCUCUUGCAUCUGCUGGGUAGAGGAGGCUUCAGUGAGGUCUACAAGGCCUUUGAUUUGACGGAGCAGAGGUACGUGGCUGUGAAGAUUCACCAGCUUAAUAAGAACUGGAGAGAUGAGAAGAAAGAGAACUAUCACAAGCAUGCCUGUCGAGAAUAUAGGAUCCAUAAGGAGUUGGACCAUCCUAGAAUAGUCAAACUGUAUGACUACUUCUCCCUGGAUACCGACUCAUUCUGCACUGUUCUGGAGUACUGUGAGGGGAACGAUCUGGAUUUCUACCUGAAGCAGCACAAGCUAAUGUCAGAGAAAGAGGCCCGAUCCAUCAUAAUGCAGGUCGUCAAUGCCCUCAAGUACUUAAAUGAGAUCCGCCCACCAAUCAUCCAUUACGACCUCAAACCAGGCAACAUCCUGCUGGUGAAUGGCACAGCAUGUGGAGAAAUAAAAAUCACAGACUUCGGGCUGUCCAAGAUCAUGGACGACGACAACUACGGGGUAGACGGCAUGGAGCUAACAUCACAGGGGGCAGGGACGUACUGGUAUCUUCCCCCAGAAUGCUUUGUGGUUGGAAAAGAGCCACCUAAGAUCUCCAACAAAGUGGACGUUUGGUCCGUUGGAGUCAUCUUUUACCAGUGCCUCUAUGGGAAGAAGCCGUUCGGUCAUAAUCAAUCUCAGCAGGACAUCCUCCAGGAGAACACUAUUCUCAAAGCCACAGAGGUCCAGUUUCCUCCUAAACCAGGAGUCUCACCUGAGGCUAAGGCCUUCAUUCGCAGAUGUUUGGUGUACCGUAAGGAGGAUCGCAUCGAUGUUCAUCAGCUGGCCAGUGAUUCCUACCUCCUCCCGCACAUACGCAAGUCAGUGGCCGCCACCGGUAACUCCAGCACGGCCGUUGCCUCCACCUCCAGCUCCUCCAACAGCAGCGCCUCAAAUUGAGAGCUCCGUCCAUCCUUGAUAGUUUUGACUGGAGCAGGCGGUGUGGGGCGUUUGCAUUUUGCCCCGACCCUCUCUGCAGUGCACUGGAAGGGGUCUCAAACCCCUUACCUGCCAAGCAAGGGAGCAGGAGGAAAAGGGUAAGAGAGGGAUGGAGACAAAACACAUCCCCUUCCACCCUUCUUCCUCUCCCAGGCAUCUGGAGGCUUGAUAUGUUUUAUUUUAUAUUUUGGAUGGGAGAGGACUAAAAAGCGCCCCAUGAGUGAGCCAGAGCGAGAGGGAGUAUUACCUGUGAGAAGGACUGAACUGCAACGGCUCAGACUGGUGGAAGAGACUGGUAUAUGCCCUGCACCCCACAACACACAAACACAUGCACACACACAUAUAAACACACAUUUAUAACGAGGUCAGCUUGAUUUUUCUUACAUGGCAACACCGUUGAUGGGACAAGCCCACUCAUACUAAUGUGCAUUCAAGUGUACAAUAUUCCUAAAGAAUCUGGAGAUGCUCCAUUCUGACACAAAGCCCGUCCCGGCCCAUCUUUCUCUCUCUCUCUCUCUCUCUCUCUCUCUCUCUCUCUCUCUCUCUC